AUGGAAAAGCUUCCGGAUGAUUGUCUUUCUCAAAUUUUCUUUUUCUUGCAAGAUGAUAAGGUUUCUUUGCACGCUUCCAUCCUGGUAAACCGUCAAUGGUGCAAAAAUGGAAUCAAGGAUUUAUGGAGGCAACCAUUUCGACUUGUGAUGGCCGACAAGAACACCGAAAAGUACAAAUCGGGCAAUCGCAUAAGUACAGGAAUGCUGAUGGAAAUCGUCUUGUCUUGCCUGAUCGACCUCUCGAGUUAUAAUCCCCCGAGAAGUUAUAACUUGAGGAAUCCAUCGAAGGCAACUCUUGGAAAAGCACAUGUUUUCAAUUACAUUGGUUUCAUUCGUAAACUUGAUCUUGACGACCUGGGGCUUGCAAUUGCGGAAUGGACAGAAUAUUGUUUUUCGCCGAUGUUCAAUCAAAACGCGGAGUCGGUUAACCAUCGGAAUGCCGUCUUUUCUGCUUUGUCACCACGCAGGGUCACUAGGUUUACCUCCUAUAAAGACUUGAAAGGCAAUAAUUCUUUCAUCAAGGGAAUUACCGAAAGGAUUUGCAAGCUUUUGAUGAUGCAGAUUCCUCGACUUGACUCGAUUUCAAUUAAGCCCGUUUGGUUUGAUAGAUGUGUACAACCUUCUGCUGUGAUCUCUGAACAUUUUCAUGAAAGCUCGGCAUAUUCAAAUAUCACAAAUGAAUAUUUGGGACUUGUCACAUAUCCAAAUGCGAACAUCUGCUUAUCCAAAUUAACCGAAUUCUCUUGGAUAGAUAAUUACCCUCGAUCGAUUCAAGUGAUACAAGAACUUUCAUCAGUGGCAACUAAUAUAAGGAAGAUUUCAUUUGGCAUCAGUUUAAAACCUUAUAAGGGAGAAUCGUCAGCUUUCGAAGCCAUGAUAUCACUGAUUCAAGUUCAAAGUGCGCUGUCGGAUUUCGAGUUACAGAAUUUAGAAAUUUCCAGUCCCCUUUUGAUGGAGGCUCUUGCACGACAUAAGAACGUUUUGACCAGGCUAUGUUUUAAAUGUGUAAAUAUUUCGGCAUCCGAAGACAUUAUAGAAAUGGUGCAAUUCAAAAAGUUGGAGGAGCUUAUAAUCAUAAGCAGUAAGCUUGAGAACACAUAUCAUUGGCCAAUAAGUUUGUCACAUUUCCCCAAUUUAAUAGCCUUUCAAAUUGAUGAUGUUUGUCCGACAUCGAUCGUGACCGGCAUCGAUGAAGACCACGGUACCUCGGGGAAUCAGUUGUGCACUUUUAUUUACAAUCAAGUUAUAUACAAUUCUGAAUCGGCCCGGUCAAUCCUCGAGGCGAUCGAUCAUUGUACAAAUUUGACUUACUUCGAAUGUAAUGCCGAAAUUGAUUCAAUUAAUCUGUUGAAGCAAAUUUUUAUGUCAUCAACAAGACUUCAGACGAUUAUUGUCAAAAACAGACGACGUUCGUUGAACAUCAAUGAAUUACUAAAGGUUGUACGAUUGACACGUCUGAGCCAUUUGGAACUGGAAGGGAGCUGGCGUUUCACGUCCGAUUCAUUGGAAGUAUUCCUCAACAAUUCAAAUCCACCCCUUAAGACUCUGUCCUUACAUUAUUCAAGCUGCUUUGAGGAUGAUCAUCUCGAGGUAUUAUUAAGAAGUUUGAGCGGAGUGUUGGAAAAGAUUGAUUUAAAGGGCAUGAUCAAGAGGUUGAGUUUUGAUUCAAGGAAACGAGCUCAUCAGGCUUUUAAGGAGUUUUAUUAUGGGAAAUGA